UAUGUUUUGCUCACCAUGGUACAGUCAGUGGGCGACAUGGCGCUGUUGGGGAGACUGGCUGGUAAAUGUUGUCGGUCGCUGCUAUACGAUCCCUCUAAAAGAGUAUUGUGUGGUGUUUUACAGUCAGGUUGGAUUGACAGUUGCGUUGGAGCUAAGAGGCAUUUAUUGUCAGAAGAUGUUAUCAAAUUGCAAGACUUCCAACAAAGAAAGCUGGCAGUCUCUCACCUUGUUACUGGAUCAGAAGGAAAUUAUAUCGAGUUGUUCAAAGAGAAGAUGCAAAGAAACGAGUUGAUUCUGCGAGAUGAGCUGAAGCUUCUUCUUCACCUGUGCCACUCUGCAGAUGACAUGUUGAUAGCUAGAGAAGCCAUCUAUAGGUAUCACAGAGAAAACCGCAACAUGUUACAUGGAGACUUCAAGUUUGGCCCUCUCUUAAUGAGACUGUGCUAUGAGCUUGGUCUGGAGGGAAUGGCUGUUGCAACAAUAACAGAUGAGAAUAUGAAUGGAUUUUUCAUCGACACAACUUCUUAUAACAUCACUAUUGACAUGUUAUUUAUUAAAGGCUCAUAUGAAAGUGCUAUGGAAGUACUAAGAGUCAUGAGGAACCGACGUGUACCAUUCAACAAAGACACAAUAACGCUGGAAAUUGCUACCUGCUAUAAACUGAACACUGCAGAGUCCUACAGGAUCUGCUCUGCUGUGAUCGAAGAGCAACAAUCCAAAGGGCACGUCAUCCCCAGGCAUGCAUACUGCUUUGCUGUAGCAUUAGCACUACGACGGAAUGACCUAGAAAAGGCUAAAUCUUUGUAUUCACAAAUUAUAAGCACUGAAAACAAAUUGUGCCAAAAUUUUAAGGUUCUCGUUUUAGCAAUGUCAGGACAAGUUGCUGAUGCCAUUUCCAUCCUCUCAGCAGCCAUGUUGCCUAAAAGCCCGUAUUUUGUGAAAAGGCCUGAGUUUUCACAGGAAGUGGUGGAUUUGCUCUGUUUACGGUGUGAAGGGCAACCACACAAGACAAAAGUGGAACAAAUAGUAACUCAGCUAGAACAAGCUGGUCAGGUGACUCCGCGAACCCUCGAUGACAUGCUGUGCCGUGCACCAAUGGGGAAAAGAAAAUCGAUGCAGUUGGAGGAGAAGAGGAGGAUCAGUCAACGGACUCUGAAGCCUCUACAGUCCACUCUUUUGUCAGAGUGAAGCCUUAGGUGCUCACUUACAAUUGAUUUUGACACUAGUGACGAACUGAUAUGCAAUUUUAGGAAUGUUGUACCUCAAAAUUAUGAGCUAGUAUUAUUCUUACAGAUGCUACAAUGUGAAGAGGAAAAUAUGGGAAAAUUUAUUUUCUACUGCAACAUCAACAUGUAGAGAGCUUUCACCAUCUCAUUGUCAAGCAUAAAUGAAUGACAGAAACAGAAUAACUUAUAUAUAGAUAGUGAAUAGUGUUUUGUAUGUUUGUAUAGGUACAAAUAAAUUAUUAAAGGUGGAUAAGAUAAUUUAAUAAUAAAAUAUUUGGAAA